AUGCCCGCCGGCUACAAGCCCUCGCCACUCGGCUACGGCUCACCGCGCAGCUCGCCCUUCCGGCGCCCCGAAUCGCCCGUAUCUCCAUCGCCGUUGCGGCACACGACCCCGACUACGUCGCCCGUCAAGGGCCCAAACACACCCGGCAACGAUGGGCUCAAAAGUGGCCUGGAAACAACACCCACACACUCUUCGCGCUAUGACGGGCGCACCAACUCAACACCCGUGCCGACCAACGGCAGCUGGACACCCAGAAACCAACAGAACCCUUCCUCGCAGCUUCAGCCCGCUGCUGAGAUUAGUGGACACAGAAUAGGCGGCGCGGCGUCGUCGUCAUUAGCGGCAGGCAACGGCUCCGCGCUCGCGCAGCUGCAGCCGGCCCAGGUCCGCACGCUGCGCGAGGGCUUUCAGAUCCUGGACCGCGACAGCGACGGCUCGGUGGGUAGAGACGACGUGGCCGACAUGCUGAACCAGCUGGGCCUGCCGUCGACGCCGUCCGAUGUGUCGCAGUUCUUCCCGGCCGGUGCUCCGCAGACCAUGACCAUGGGCACGUUUCUGAACGCGCUGGCCUCGGCCCUUGCCGCCCUGUCACCGAGUGCCGAGCUGCUGUCUGCGCUGUCGGCCUUUGACGAAGACGACAGCGGCGAGAUUGACGCGGCCGAGCUGCGCGACGCGCUGCUGCACACGGCGCCCGAGCCUGGCGAGCCCGCACUGACGGAAUCGGAGAUCAACCGGGUGAUGCAGGGAUUCAUGGGCCGGCGGGCGUUUACAAACAAGAGCAAGCCAGGCCCCGGCUUCGGCAAGCGCGGCGAUGUGUUCAAGUACCAGGACCUUGUGCACUCCAUCGCGGGCAGCGGCCAGGGCAGCCAAGGCGAGGCCGGCGAGGCGGCCGAGUGA